CUCUAGGUACGAGAAUGUCUUGGUCCCAGUCUUCUUGCAAGCUAAUGCGCAAAGGCUUGUAUUUUCCGAUUUCUACUGCGCAGGGAAAUGUGAAACGACUAGACUCGUACUUUUGAUUUUUUCCUUUAUCUCUGAGAUUAGAUUUUAUUCGCUAUAACUUAUCGCUCUAAUUUAAGACAGUCAUAGAAAGAUGUCAUAAACAAAGAUGAAUAACCUCCUGUAUGUAUAGUGGAAUCCAUUAUGCUUGAAGCAUGAAAAAGCCCAACACCUUGCCUCCACCAAUAGCUAAACCAAGACCACCUCCAAAGCCUGAGAUCCSUUUGAAGUCUGUAGCCAAAAUAUGUCCAGCCACAGGCAAACCAAUAGUACCACCAAAGCCACAUCGCAGAACCCCACCAUCAAUUCCAACAACAAACAAUAAUAUUGCACAUUCUGAAAUUAAAUCUAAUCUUUCUGAUGAGGUAUCAAAGAGACCAUUUACAACUUCAUGUCUAUUAAGUCAAACAACAAAUGUUGUAAAGGAUAUUGAGAGUGAGAAAACAGCAUCAGAUCUUGAUAUUCUUGACGAGCAGGAUUUGUAUGAUGAUGUUAAUGUUCAUUCUACGAGGUACAUUGAUUCAUGUAAUAAACAUCAGCUUCCUAUUAGUAAAAAGCCACCUUCAAGCUCUUCCUUGAUUGUUAGACCAACACCCUCACCGAGGUCAUCACCCCAUGCCUCGCCUACCAUAUCACCGAUAUCUGGGGAUGAUAAUCGUGAUACAGUUCAACCAACUCCAAGACCAAGAGCAAAAGCAAGAGAAAUAAAAGAUGAAGAAAAUAGUGCUAAAGUGCUACAGAAAAAGCCAGAAAUUUCACCAAAACCUGUACAUCUCCAAAAAAUCUACAAUAGCAGUAAUUUCACACAAGUAGGAAAGAAAAAUACAGGUGGAAAAUAUCAAGAACAAAGUGUUGUUGUGCAGCACAUACCGGCAUGUUGGAAGCAGGGCAAUCAAUCCAAAUCUACAUUACCAACAUUACCUCCAAAAACAAAUUCAUUAAACAUAUCAGAAGAGUGUAACAAUAGUAUUUACAAAUUGCCUUCUGGUAUAGGUGUCUCAAAUAACACAAACGAAGCAAUAAAGAAACGUAUUGCAUCACGAAGACAACUCAACCCUCAAAAUGCUAACAGGACAUUUCCUGUAGAUGUCAAAAACAGAAGACCUCCACCCCCUCCCCCCUCAAUUAGUGAUGGUAGUCCCAAGAAAAAAGAACCUCUGAAAGGAACAACAUUCUCCAGAGAUCUUGACAGAAGGAAUGGGAAAGGCCCAACAGUCUCCACAGAUCUUGACAGAAGGAAUGGGAAAGGUCCAACAGUCUCCAGAGAUCUUGACAGAAGGAAUGGGAAAGGCCCAAUAGUCUCCACAGAUCUUGACAGAGAAGAUGAAAAAGGCACAACAGUCUCCACAGAUCUUGACAGAGAAGAUGAAAAAGGCACAACAGUCUCCACAGAUCUUGACAGAGGGCAUGGAAAAGGUUUAGAAACUACCCUAAAAACUGCAGAAGAUCAAUCUCUAUACUGCUAUGCAUACGAGCAUACUGUUCCCACAGUCAGCAUGCAUAAAUGCCCUCAAGGCAACCAAUCAGAAGACAAUUCAUAUAUUGAACCUGAUGCAAGUGCUGUGAAAAGUUUUAUGGAGCAAAUAAAAGAGAAAGAGUGUGUAAGUAGUGGUCAAUAUGAGAUACCUGCAGAAGGUGGACAAGAAGAUACCAUAGACCAAGAAUCUGUCAGUUCAACUGAAUACACCAUUCCUGACCAAAUUGUAAGUGAUGAUCAAGAUGAUAAUAUUGAAGUUGAAUCAUCAGACUCAGAAGACUAUCAUGAAUAUGAGUAUCCUAAAGAAACUCCUCCUCCACUACCUCCACAUACUAGUAUAAUCCACAGUGGUAGCUAUAAUGUAACCCCCUUCACACAUGAGGUGAUUAAGGAUGAUGAUGAUGAUGAUGGUGAAGACACUCCUCCUCCAGUACCUCCACAAAGUAUAAUCCACAGUGGUAGCUAUGAUGUAACCUCCUUCACAGAUGAGGUGAUUAAGGAUUAUGAUGAUGAUGAUGGUGAAGACACUCCUCCUCCACUACCUCCACAUAGAACAAUCCACAGUGGCAGCUAUGAUAUAACCCCCUUCACAGAUGAGGUGAUUAAGGAUGAUGAUGAUGAUGAUGAUUUUGAUGGUGAAUACGUUGAACCACCUGAUACCCAAGGUUCUAGUGAAGAAUAUUCAGAUGAAGAAACUUUUUGGGGGGAUGAUGAAAGUGUUGAAGAGCCACUUUAUCAAAUAUAUGCAGCCAGAACGCUUCAAAAAGACCGAACAUUGAGUCGUAAACGAACAAAGAGUAAUCAACAAACAGAAACAUUUAUUGAUGAUCUAACCAAAGGAACCUUAAGGAAUAUGAGGAUGUUAUGGUGUGAGAUACCAGAGGUUGUUUCUAGUGGGAUCCUGGAUAAUAUUGAUCCUGAAGAACGCAAGAGACAAGAGGCAAUGUUUGAGGUGAUUACAUCAGAAGCAUCUUAUCUGAAAAGCAUUAACAUUUUGGAAUCCUACUUCAUGAAAUCCCCUGAACUGACUCCUGGGACACCACAGGGUGUUAUAGAGAAAGCACAGCAUCAUAUCUUAUUUUCUAACGUGAGAGGUGUUGUGGAGACUAGUCAAAUGUUUCUUGAGGCGUUACGAAAAAGACAGAAAGAAUCAUUGGUCAUUUCAUCCAUCAGUGAUAUCAUUGAAGAAUUUGCAACCAAGUACUUUGAAGUGUAUGUCAAAUAUUGUUCCAACCAACUCUAUCAGGAAAGAGUGAUAAAGGAACUCAGGAAAAAUCCUAGAUAUGUUGAAGCAAUCCAACGGCUAGAAAAGUGCUCUACUGCCCAGUGUUUAAGUAUGCACUCUUUUCUUGUUCUUCCUAUGCAAAGAAUAACAAGAUUACCACUUCUUGUUGAUGCUAUCUGUCACCGUUGUCAGCCUGGGAGUGAUGAAUUUGUCAAGACUGAUGCGGCACUGAAAGCUGUUAGUAAGGUUGUUCAAAACUGCAAUGAAGGAGCUCGUAAAAUGGAGCGUAUGGAAGAAUUGGUUAACCUUCAGCCUCAAAUUGAGUUCACCAUCAAGCCAAUAGCAUUAGUGACAACUAACAGAUGGCUUCUGCGCAGAGGAGAGGUGAUUCUUGUGAUUGAACAAACAAAAAACCCCUUGAGUAAAAAGAAACUGAAACUUAAGCCUGUGUACAUGUUUCUUUUUAAUGAUUUAUUACUGAUCACCAAGAAAAAAGGUGAACGUCGGUAUCGAGUCUUAGACUAUGCAGCUCGUCAUAUGACUAAAGUGGAAGAAUCUGCCGAUCAGACUGCAAUACAACUGGACUACAUGCUCUCUUUGAUAUUACUUGAAAAUUCCAAUGCAAAAACCAAAGACUUCAUUUUAUGUGCUGAGAGCGAAACAGACAAAACUAGAUGGCUGGAAGCAUUCAACCCCCCUAAGGGAGAACAAGAGGGAGAAAAGGUGUACGGAGCAUGGGAUUGCCCUCAAGUACAAGUCAUACAUGACUACAGUCCACAGCAACCUGAUGAAUUGCCCUUACAUGAAGGAGAUGUUAUAAAUGUACAAAGAAAACUACCAGAUGGUUGGUAUUAUGGUGAAAGGUUGUGCGAUGGAGUCUGUGGAUGGUUUCCUGCCAACUACACUGAGAACAUUCGUAAUGAACAUGUACGAGCCCGCAAUCUUCUACAGCGAUAUCGUCUGUUAGCCGCAUCAAAGCAUCUAUUUGGUGCUGUGCAAACAAUGAAAGCUCCAAAAACGUCCAAAUUAUCCAAGGGAAUGAUGAAAAGGGAUACUAUUAGCUGAGAGGAAAAUUAUUUUAUGGAGUUUUAUGAAUACAAGUGGUUAUAUUUUCAUUAUCAUUAAAAAUAAUACAAUAUUUUGCUCAAUAAUUUAGCUUUUUUCUCUUUUUUUAUGUCUUUAUUGAUGAUAUUGUUUAUAUUAGUUACACAUUUGGCUAUGAUCAUGCAGGAAAAUUUUAGCAAAUUCCAUGGAACAUUUCAAUGUCAUCUCCUUUGCAAUGAAUCCUUUACAAUGAAUCCUUUACAAUAAUUAUUUUUUAAUGUAUAUAUAUAUUUUUUUAUGACAGCAUUAAUUCAAUAUAACUACAACAAAGAUAAUAAAAGUAUAAAAUAAAAUAGAAUAACAGCAACAAAAAUAUUUACUUGUCUAAUUUGAGUGUAUAAGCAACUUUUUUUCCCUUUAAUUCUUAAUUGUCUUCUAUUGUUGAAUCUGCAAUUUCAUUUCACUAUAUUAACACCAAUAUAAAGUAAGGAUAAUUUUUUUAGUUCUGGCAUAUACUUAGCAUUUAAAUUGGAUGAUGUUCUAGUAUUUUUUUGUUGUGAUUUCAUUGAUUGCAAUGAUUGGCAAUAUUGAGAGAAAAUAUGAGUUAAGAUAUUUUUUAAUAUUAUUUUGUACAUAAAUAAUUGUGAAACUAUGUAGUUAUUAAUUUGUUGUAUAUUAAAUCAAUAUGCAAAUAUAUAUAAUUAAUUUGAUAUAUUUAAAUUGAUGUACAAUUUUUUUACAUAUUUUUAGAAAUUCAAGAGCAGACAUUUUCUUAAAAUAUCAGUGUUUUAACUGAAAUAUUGAAUUAUCAACCAAAUAGAAUUAAUGAUAGCAAUAAUUUAAGCUUGUGCCUGAAGGCUGCCCUGGUUUAUAAAAACUCUUAUUAUGCUGCA